AUGUCGCAGAGUGCGGCCCCCAUCAGCCGCGUCCUCGUCGACUCGCGCACAAACACCACAACCGCCACCACCCCAGCCGUACCCAGUCCGCUCUCGACGUCCAAAAAGGAGAAUAGCAUGCCGCAGCUUCCCGUCGCCCUGAACCAGCACUCCAUCCCAAAACCCACACCCGCAAAGCAGCAGCAGCAGCAGCAGCACGCUCAUGAGACACCAAGACCCUCGGCCAUCCAGUCCGCCAGCACCCUCGACGCCCGCAACGACGACGUAAAGGGAAGCUGGAAGAGCUGGCGGCGUGGAGAGGGGCUGCAGCCAUGGGAAAACGAGAUCGCACUCAGCCCAGGCGUACAGCGAAAGGCGAACGUCGCACAGCUCUACUUCCUCAACCACUACUUUGACUCGCUGCGCUACCUCUCUGACCGCAAGGCAAGGUACGCCCGCUUCCAGGAGUCGACAAAGGCGCGCGGCCUGCACCCCGACUGCCAGAAGGACGCAGAGGGAUCCUCCGAAACCACUGCCGCCUCCGUCACCGCCGCCGCCUAUGCCAAGGAGCGGGCUUCGUACCUCGGCAGGGAGCGUGUCCUGCUGCGCAAACGCCGCACCCGCCUCCAGCUCGCCCAGUUCCACAUCAUCACCCAGGUCGGCCAGGGCGGCUACGGCGAGGUCUUCCUGGCGCGCAAGAGGGACACGGGCGAGGUGUGUGCCCUCAAGCGCCUCCGCAAGCGUGUGCUCGUCAAGAUGGACGAGGUCCGCCACGUCCUGACCGAGCGUGAUAUCCUCACCGCGACCAAGACCGAGUGGCUGGUGCGGCUUCUGUACGCAUUCCAGGACAAGGAGCACGUCUUCCUCGCCAUGGAGUACGUCCCGGGAGGCGAUUUCCGCACGCUGCUCAACAACAGUGGGGUGCUGCGCGAGGAGCACGCCCGGUUCUACAUGGCCGAGAUGCUCGUUUCGGUCAACGAGCUGCACAAGCUCGGAUACAUUCAUCGCGAUCUCAAGCCAGAGAACUUCCUCGUCGACUCCGUCGGCCACAUCAAGCUGACCGACUUUGGGCUGGCGUCGGGCGUGCUCAACCCGGGACGCAUCGAGUCGCUGCGGUCGCGCCUCGACGCGGUCAAGGACACCGACUUCAUCUACCGCACGCCAGCGGAGCGGGGCUCGAUGUACAAGAUGAUGCGGGCGCAGAACGCGCACCACGCCGACUCGAUUGUGGGCUCGCCCGACUACAUGGCGCCCGAGGUGCUGCGCGGGCGCGACUACACGAUCAGCGUCGACUACUGGAGCCUGGGAUGCAUCCUGUUUGAGUUCCUGUGCGGCUUCCCGCCGUUUAGCGGCGCGCAGCCCGACGAGACGUGGGCCAACCUCAAGAACUGGCAAAAGGUGCUCCAGAGGCCCGUCUACGAAAAGCCCGAGGACCUGCAGUUCAACCUGAGCGAUGUGGCGUGGGACGCCGUGACCAAGCUGAUUGACACGCCGGAGAGGAGGUUCAGCUCUCUGUCGCAGGUGCAGGGGCAUGGCUUCUUUUCGCCGCUGCAGCUGACCAAGCUGCGCGAGAUGAGCGCGCCAUUCAUCCCGCAGCUGGAAAACGACGAGGACACUGGCUACUUUGACAACUUUGACGACCCCAACGACAUGGCCAAGUACAAGGAGGUGCAGGAGAAGCAGCGCAACGUCGAGGCGGUCAACGAUGGCGGCAAGGGCGUGGGCGGCCGUGGGCUGUGGGCCGGUUUCACCUUUGGCAAGAAUGGUGUGGGCGCCAACGGCAAGCCAAUCGACCCGACGGCGCCGACCAAGGACGCCGGCGACGCAUUUGCGACCAUGUUCUGA